AUGCGCGCCUUACCCCCCUUUCUCGCGCUCCUCGCGCUUGCGGCCGCCGACGACCUCGUAACCACAAUGGGCGCAUCAAAGAUCGAUGGACGGGUGCAGAGCCUGCUUGUGGGCGGACACGAUGUCGCUACGGUGCUGCGGAGAGACGAUUAUUGGAACUGCCGGUUCUUUGACAAUUACGACUGCAUCGAGACGGACGACUGCCUGACGAUUCCGCGACGGAGCGAAUAA